AUGCCACCAAACCAAAGAAAAUCAUUGCUAACUAAUGAAGAAAGAAUUAAUCGACUUAAAGAAGCUCGACUUAAAUAUGGAAAUCUAAGCAAAGCGAGAACUUCGAAAUCACAGCAAUCAGCGCUUAUCGGAACGUCGAAACCUCGACAAGGUAUUUCUACAAGAACUUCUCAAUCAAAAGAACAUCCGAAAACAAAGUCUCAAGCUUCAACUGUUGUUGAUUUUGAACCUUGUCCCGAAUCUUUAAAAAUGAUUGACAGUGGGAAAGUUGUGAUUCCGCGAAGCACAUUCGGAAGACCAUCAUUAAACGAAAGGAAAUCUAUUGCUCCAAGACCUUCUAUCAGUGGAAGAAAUCCUAGGCAAUUUAGAAACUCUGUUGCCAAUGAGCCACGAAGUAGUCUUCUUCCACUUGGAAUCAAUGUAUUUCAUGCAAACGAACAACAGAAAAAUGAGUUAUCGCAGUACUUUUCAAGCCAGGCGUCGCGUUCCAGUCUUGCCCCAAAUUCCGAUACAUCAAACUGUCCAACACCUAGUCGAGCUUCUUCUUCUUCAGUGUUUGGACGGAUUGGAUUAAAAUCAGCCAAUACGUCCGUUAUUGAGCAAAGAUCGCAAACGAUUCGAUUCAUGGAAACAAAUGUGAUCCAGGAGCAACGGGAAUCUGCCGAGUCAUGCGAGAUCGAAACCGAAUCGGAAUCGGCUCGCAAACAUAGCCCCUGUCGAGACCCCAAUUUUGUUCCAAAAUCAAUUUUGUCAACAAAAAAGAAGCCAAAAAAGAGUAUUAUUGGCAAUCUUAAAACCAUAGCAUCUCCAAUAACAUUAGGAACAUUUGAUUCGAAUUCGAUGAAUGAGGAAAACUGUGAAAAUAAGAAGAAUGUUAGUAAGAUCAUUGAGGAUAUGACCAGUUUAAUCGACGCAUUGAAAACAUGCAAAGAGGAUCCGACAGUAUCCGAUGUUGUUAAACUAAAAGUAUUAAAAGAAGAUAUUGAAAAAAUUAUUUCCCGGAAAACAAUUCGUGAGUCCCUCAACGAAUCGAUUGUGGAUGUGAAUGAACCGUUGAGAUUCCUGCAAGGUGCUGAAACUCUCAUGAAAACUCCGAAAGCUUUUAAGGAAUUUCGCGAAAGUAUUCCCCCUAUUGCGCCAUUAAGUGAUAUUGUUGAAAGUAUCUUGAAUUCACAAUCCCCAGAAGAGGAUAAAACGCCUCUUCCAAAAAGACGUCGGUCAGUGAGAAAAUCUUCUGAGCUCAAAAUUCGCGGAGGACUCGUUGUGAGAGAGCCUGUAGAUGCUGUAAGUGAUCAUUUUUAA